UUAAACAACAAGUACUGGGAGGCGCCGUCAUUUGGAUAGUUUGUAAUUAGUUGUCUCUCCAGAGACGUCAGGAGAAGAAGAGGCAGUCUCGCAGUUUUUUCUCGAGAUUUAUUUGUGACCCACUUUUUCUCUUCACUUCAACAUUUACGCAGGAACGCAGACGAGCUUUAGUUUGGAAGAAGUGGCUCAUUUAUGUGGCUCUUCAAGAUCCUUGAACAUGUGAUUUUUAAAAUGCGUUAGUCUUUAUUUGACUUUAUCUGUGCAUCCUGGGAGCUGCAGCUACACACUGGAGCAGAACAAAGACGUCCUAAACUUCUUCCACUCCUUCUGAACUUAAAGUGUCUCAAGUCAGGUGUCCUCAGAGGGUUAACAGAUUCAUGGAGAAGACACUGACACUAGGUCUGACUCUUUUCUUAACACUCUGUCUGGACAUACCAGAAGCUGCAGGACGUAAGGACGGGGCUCAUGGCGACAACACACAGAAACGCUCAUCGCGAUCUUCAGAUACUAAAGGAGGCCGUUGCUCCUAUACCUUCAUUGUUCCACAGCAAAAACUGACAGGAGCGCUGUGUUUGAACACACAGUCUGCUACUACCAACCACUCGGAGGUGGCAGCAUUGCGGACAGAGCUGACACGGCAGCAAGAACAGCUGGAGAAGCUCAGGGGGCAACUGGAACAGGAGGGGUCCCUUGCCAUAGAGGUAAGAGCCCUGCGCAAAGAGAGCAACAGCAUGAAUUCUCGUAUUGCACAGCUCUAUGCCCAGCUGCUACAUGAAGUCAUACAGAAGAAAGACCAGGCUUUGGAGCAGCGAAGGGUGGAGAACCUCCUGCUAAAUGCUACAACACAGACACUGCAGGUGUCCAGUAACUAUAGAGAGCUAGAGAAGAAAUACGGAGCCCUCACCUCCAUGAUGAGCUCCCAGAAUCAGCUUAUUGCUCGUCUGGAGAAGCAGUGCCAGUGCAGGGACUCCACCCAGUCCUCUCUGGUGACGACUGAACCACCAAAAAGCCAGUCUAAUGUGCAUCCUAAUUACAGCUCUGAAGCCAACGAAAUGACCAAUGAUGUUCAAAGGGACCAAAGUGCUCCUCUGCAGGAAAAAACAGUUCAUUCCCUCCCCACCACUACAGCCAACGCGCCUACAGAUCCUCCUUUUGUUAGUUUUCCUGUCACAAAGACUCCAGGGCCGUGGCGGGACUGCCAGCAUGUGCUGGAGUCAGGUGAGACCACCAGUGGGAUCUACCUGCUCCGCCCACAGAGCACCAACCGCCUCCUGCAGGCCUGGUGUGAGCAGAGUCUGGCUCAGGGAGGGUGGACGGUCAUCCAGAGGAGACAAGAUGGGUCAGUCAACUUCUUCAGGACAUGGGAGCAGUAUAAGCAAGGCUUUGGGAACUUGGAUGGAGAGUAUUGGCUCGGCCUGGAACACCUAUACUGGAUGACUAAACAAGCCCAAUACAAGCUGCGUGUGGCUCUGGAGGACUGGCAGGGCCGGCAGGUGUUUGCUGAGUACGACAGCUUCCACCUGGAACCAGAGAGUGAUUGGUACAGACUACGGUUAGGACAAUACCACGGAAAUGCAGGAGACUCCCUCUCGUGGCACAACAACAAGGCCUUCACCACCCUGGAUCGAGACAAAGACAGUUACACAGGUAACUGCGCUCACUACCAGAAAGGAGGCUGGUGGUACCACAUGUGUGCCCAUUCCAAUCUGAAUGGUGUGUGGUAUCGGGGUGGACACUAUCGCAGCCGCUACCAGGAUGGGGUCUACUGGGCAGAGUUCCAUGGAGGGUCCUACUCUCUCAAACGAGUUUCCAUGAUGAUCAAACCUUCAUAGUUACAUUAUGGAGAUGUGAGAAUGAAACCUAAUAUUUACUGAACUGAAUGUACAGUAUUGAGCCAGUGUAUCUGUAUAAUAAAAACAAAGUCUUUACACACUGAUUAGAGGCCAGUCAGUGAAUCUGUUAGUGACUCAAUAAAUAAUGACUAAUAUGUACUGAGCUGAGCUGCUGUGUUGCAAUUUCUUGACAAAUUUGAAAAUGUUUCAAUUUGCAAUGUACUUUUCAAUAAAGUGUUACCAAAUUA